AUGUCGGAGGUCGACGUCCCAAUGACAUUUGGUGCUCUCCUCAUAGGAGGCAUCAUCGCGAUCAUGUUUUCGGGCGUCACGAUAGCGCAGUGUGUCAUUUUCCUGAAGCUGUUCCCUAGGGAAACGAUCUGGAUGAAACUAAUGGUCUUUGCUGUCUGGCUGCUCGAUAUGUUGCAUUCGAUUUUCAUCUCGAUGUCGCUCUGGAACUACUUGAUUGUCCACUUUGGGAACCACGCGGGUAUUGACAUCGUCCCAACGAGUCUCGCUCUGACUAUAGUCGCAACGGCCAUCCUGACAUUUGGCGUCCAUUGCUUCUUCAUUUAUCGCAUCUUCGUUUUGGCCAAAAACAACUAUUUCAUCACCGUUCCUAUCCUCCUCAUCGCUGCCGCCCGGCUUUGUUUCGCGUGUCUUACUACGUCCAAACUCAUUGAGUUCCGGAGUUUGGAAGUCUUCGUUGCGCUCUUCACCUGGUCCUUCACGACCGGUCUCACCCUUUCAGCAGUCGUGGAUGUACUCAUUACGGGGCUGAUGUGCUACCUCCUACGCGCUCGUCGAAAGCAAUAUUCAAGCAUGAACAAAGUUCUCGACACUCUGAUUCUGUAUGCUUUCGAGAACGGGUUCUUGACUACCUUGGCUGCCUUGCUCUCCCUGAUCACAUGGUUGACGAUGAAGCACAACCUCAUUUUCCUUGCCACACAUUUCAUUAUCAUCAAAUUUUAUGCCAACUCUCUUCUUGCAACUUUGAACGCGCGGAAGCAGCUCCAGGGAGGAAAGAUCACUAUGCACACGACUAACCUCGCGACAGCAACUACACUUGGAACAGUCUCCACGAAUUUCCCUACUCACAAUUCGAAGCCCCACGGCCGAGCUCUCUCCCAGUCCAUCGUCUUUGGGCCUAACAGCUUCUCCGGCGUACAGGGUCCAGACUCUCGGGAGAAAGCUGAUUUCGAGCUUGAGUCUGUGAGUGGUGCAGAAGAGCUGCAAGAUUUGUCGCAGGACAACAGGCUUCGAAUCAAGGUCGAUAGGACCCACGUCCGAGUGACAGACGGUGAACCCAGGUCUCCGGCUUAG